UUGUAUAAGUACAUUAAUAUAUAGCCCACAUAGGCAAAGCUUAUCACAUUGCACUCCCAGAACCAGUCUACCAUAUAUUAAUAUAUCUAGGUGUGUGGCUGCAGUCUGGUUACAAUACACAUUAGUAAAGCACUGCUUAAAGGAAAGGCAUAUUAGUUGGCUAACCUGGUGGAGGUAUGUUGCAGCUGGUUGCUGAUUUGCUGAACGUAUUGUAUAAACUGUAAGUGAUCUCAGAGUUGAAAGAGGUACAGCAUACAGCACUGUCUUUUCUUGCCAGAGACCCAAGCUCUUUAAGCAUAAAGAGCCAUUAAAAUGCAGCAGUGUUGGCUGGUUCAACAUUACAGCACUAGACAUAUUGACCAGCAUUUUGAAAUCAAUUUCCUGGAGACCUCAUCUGCUCAGCUGUGAGGCUAAUGCAGGGACUGGGUGGGGGUCAGAGAAUGAAAAACAAUUAAUAAAUAAACGGAUGAACACUUUACUGAAGUGCCCUUAACCCUAACAAAUCCACUCAUUGUUUGUUCAUAAAAGAAGCACGCAGGUACAGUAUCUAGGAAAUGAAGUGGUGCAGCACUUCAGAGCUGUUAAAAAGGAUUGCCAUUAAUCCACAAUUCUAAUAUUGGAAAGCGAGAGGGAUAUGCAGCAGGCUUUGUCAUCAAUUCCACCACCUGCUUUAUUCCCCUUGAAAAUGUGCGCCUGCCAACUGAUCAAUUACUCUAAUUUACACGUUAGGAUUUGGGCAUAUCUCGACUCCCCAGAUACAAUACCCCUCUUAGGUAUUUAUAGCACAGCCACAAAGUGAAAUCAUAAGAGCAGGGGAGGGGCUAUUUAAGGAAACAGUCUGACAGCAAGCACAUGGCUUUAACUCAUUAAAGAUGUGCAAGUGAGUGCUCUGAGGCAAGGCUAGUUAUCACCCUUAGACAGCAUGGAAUUACAGCUUUGGAUUUAGAUGAGAUGGCAGUUACAGGAUUUUUUAAUUUGGGAUUUUACAAAACAAAAAACAAAAAAACAAACAACGUACCUGCGACCUUCUAUUUGUGUUGGCUUGAGAGUUAUAGAAAGCUGGAUUUCUUUUGGGGUUGGUAGCUGGGCGGUUAAUGCUCGGAUGGAAAUAAGACUCCUAUUGCAUUGCAGUUUCACCCAUUCCAGGUUUUCAUACGAGCUUGAUUAGCCACAGUGUAUAGUAGCAAGCUCAGAUGUAGUUGACAGUGUACGCGUGGGUCCAAGUAAAACACAUAGCCUACCUGCUACUUUUGUUUCUGUUGGUAUGAGUCAGACUUCCUUUGCAAAAGCAAUUAAAGACUUAAAAUUCAGAAUCUGAAUGACUGCAGUCCACACCGUGCAUUUUGAACCACUGGAGUCUGUCAGUAUUUCUGAAAGCUGCUUGCCCUUUUCCAACUGCUCUCAGUUAGUUUAAACGCUGCAGAGUAGGAGUUUUUUGCCCUCUUUUAUUUAUGUACUUAAUUGUAGUGAUUUAGUAGACUCCUUGUAUCUCUGUUUAUUUUCGUACUGUCUCUGGUGUCAUUACGACAGCUGUUUUUUUUUUCUUCAGUGACCGAGCAUCGCACUUAAUUGGAUUUUAUUGGGUGACAUGCAUUGUGUCCGGCAUAUCUGAAUGUAUUAGCGAGGGACUACUGUAUCCUUAAGCAGUUAAAGAGCUGUGGACUCUAUCACGGGGGCCAGUACAGCAGAGAUUCAAUACUACUGUAUGGUACAGAUGUUAAUUAUACAGUCACAUUACGUGCAGUUUGUCAUGUACUGUACCUCGUGUGAUGAGCGGGAGACACACAGAACAUAAUCCCCUCUGCACAUUCUCUCUGGGGAGCUUCAGCCACUCGUUUCAAACAACAGUGGAAUAUUUAAUGAGUCGAUAGGAGCGUUAACCACAGAGGGUUAACAAUCGUAUCAGUGCGACAAUCAAACUAAUGGUAACGGCCAAGGCAAUUAUUUUAUAAGGACAAGAGGAAGGCAAAAACAAGCUGUGAGGACUAUGAAAACUGACACGCGUGAACACACACGCCCACGCAUGCACAUGCGGCAGUCUCAUCCCUCUUUUUUUCUGCCUAAUCUCUUUUUCACUUUCAUCUUUCUUCAUAUAUACAAUUCCCCCACUGUAUUCCAAUGAAUAUUUACAUACAUUUGUCUAUGGAAAGAAAAUGAGCAGUAUUGAUUGAUGUCAUUUGAAUUUGAUUGUAAAUGGUGUGAGAUGGAGCUUGAUGUGCUAAAAUGAGCUAAAUUACACUGCUGUUUAAUAGAAGCAGUUCGAUUGAAAACGAGUUCCAAAGAAAACAAGAUACAUACUGUAUUAACAAUUAAAAACAACAACAAAAAAAUUGAAAGAACAUAACAAUUACAUUUUAGCCUAAGCACCUCAUAAUUUAUAACAUUCAAUUUCCACAUGUCAGCUGUUGUUUACAUUGCCUUUGCCAACAACUGUAAAAUAUUAAAGUCCCUAUGCUCCCUAUUCCACGAUACUGCCAGCAUAGCCAGAGUUACUGAUUAUAAAUGCAAUAACAAAACAAUAAAAAACAAUAAAAACAAAAAGUACAGCCCUUGGAAACAUGGGGACUGUUAUUUCUGUCUGGAGAGGCAGUAGCAAACAUAAUCAUUAAAGUAAAAUUCAUAUGAUGCAGUAUGCUUUGCAUUCUGCAGUUUCUCCUCAUUAGGUAUUUUGCUUAGUUAAACCAGCAGCUGAGUUACUAGAAUGAUCCUCUUUCUUAGAUGAAGACCCAAUGGCUGCGUGGGUGGUGCUUGUAAAAAAGUGAUUGGUGCAAGUGUGGGUAGAGGAAAUUCAACACACAAGGCUGGACCGUAGGGAAUGCACUGUGCAAGUGCAAAGAGACAGAAAAGGGAACAUAAAUGUAAAGCGCUCCAGUUCUUUCUCUGAAUUGUAUUUGAUUUUUAUGGAGCCUGCGUGUGGUGGGUCUAUGGCCAUCUCACUAGCAGUGUGUUUGUCCUUCGGGGAUUGUUCUUACCAGGCAGUCUUGAGUGUAAAGGUAUGCCCUGUCUCUAUUCUGUGUAGCACGUAUUUGGUGUAUAAGCAAGGACGAGCAGAGAUUUAGGAGGUAGCCAGACAUUCUUUGAGUCAAAGCGAGAAAACAAAAGUUGCAGGCAGCGGAAUCAGUAAGUGACAGGAUUAAAGGCGGCCUGAAUCUGUUGGGAGGGUCUGUAAAUGCAGCACUUGUUACGAAACAGGCUUUUUUUUCCAAGACAUUCUCGACGUCAGAGUGCAUUUCUCAAGCUGCAGCACCAAAGACGUGGGCUGCCCCGGCUGCCUUUUAAAGAGCGGGUACAUCCCUGCAAGCGCCACUGCCAGUGUCAGUUCGGAAACACUCACCCCCCACAAUCUUUUCCAGAUAAUUACACCGUUCAGGAGGCUCAUUCUUUGUGCAGAGAACAGAAAGGAAAUGGAAGACUGGAUCACCUCAUUAAAAUCUGUACAGUCCAGAGAGCAUUACGAGGGAUGCACAACUGGUAUGCCUGCUCCCACGCCCGCCCCACCUUCUGCAACGUGUGCCGGGACAGCCUCUCAGGGGUCACCUCCCACGGCCUCUCAUGUGAAGUUUGCAAGUUCAAGGCACAUAAGAGAUGUGCAGUCAGGGCCACCAACAACUGCAAGUGGACGACGCUGGCCUCCAUAGGAAAAGACAUUAUUGAGGAUGAGGAUGGGAUUGCAAUGCCACAUCAGUGGCUGGAAGGUAACCUCCCCGUUAGUGCCAAGUGUGCUGUGUGUGACAAGACAUGUGGCAGUGUUCUCAGGCUGCAGGACAGGCGCUGCCUGUGGUGUAAAGCCAUGGUGCACACUGCCUGUAAAGACCUGUACCCCCGAAAGUGCCCGCUUGGGCAGUGCAAAGUGUCCAUCAUUCCACCGACUGCCCUCAACAGCAUUGACUCGGACGGCUUCUGGAAAGCAACCUGCCCCCCAUCUUGUGCCAGUCCUCUUCUAGUCUUUGUUAACUCUAAGAGCGGAGACAAUCAGGGUGUGAAGUUCCUGCGCAGGUUCAAACAGUUACUCAACCCUGCUCAGGUGUUUGAUUUAGUGAACGGAGGCCCUCAUUUAGGUUUACGCUUGUUUCAGAAAUUUGACAAUUUCCGAAUCCUAGUGUGUGGAGGUGAUGGAAGUGUUGGCUGGGUUCUGUCUGAAAUUGACAAGCUAAACCUUCACAAACAGUGCCAGCUGGGAGUGUUGCCCUUGGGUACUGGGAACGACCUCGCCCGCGUCCUUGGCUGGGGAGCAUCAUGUGACGACGAUACACAGCUUCCUCAAAUCCUGGAGAAGCUAGAGCGAGCCAGCACAAAGAUGCUCGACAGAUGGAGUAUAAUGACAUAUGAAAUAAAAAUACCUCCAAAGCAGAGCUAUCCGGUUACUCCAGAGGAAGAAUCGGAGGAAUGUGAACUUCAGAUUUCGUCUUAUGAAGAUUCGGUCGCUGCCCAUCUCACAAAGAUCCUUAACUCUGACCAGCACUCCGUCGUCAUAUCAUCUGCAAAGGUUUUAUGUGAAACUGUCAAGGACUUUGUUGCCAAAGUAGGCAAAUCCUAUGAGAAAACAACAGAGAACACCAAUGAGGCUGAAGCCAUGUCCAUGAAAUGUGAAGUAUUGAAUGAGAAGCUGGACUCCCUGCUUCGGACUCUAAACACCGAGGUCAAGGCCACGGCCCGCCCACCCCAUAGCACCCCACCAAUCGUAGAGGAGGAAGGCGAGGAGGAGGAGGAGCUAGAGGAGGAGGAGGAGGAGGCAGAGGAGGAGGAGCUGAGUGAGGAGUCGCUGACCGAGUUGAAGAAGCUGGAAGAAAAUCUCACCGGAAAGCCGUCCCCGCAUACAUUCUUCAAACCGAGAGAGCAGCUCAUGCUGCGAGCCAACAGCCUGAAAAAAGCAGUGAGGCAAAUCAUAGAGCAGACGGAAAAAGUUGUGGAUGAGCAGAACGCCCACACCCAGGAACAAGAGAUCCAGUCCCCGACAGAGUUCAAGAAAGGAAACGAGGAGGAGAACAAAGACGAUGAGAAGGACGAAGACACCAAGGAGUUAGAGGCACAAUCAACAGCCAAAACAACUCAGAAAUCCCCCCUAGAGAGCCGGAUCAGUCGCAGCACGCAGUCCUACAGUGGCUCCUUCUCCAUUCCUCACUUCACUACCAGCAAAGAAAAUCUGCCAGUAUUGAACACCAGGAUCAUCUGCCCAGGUUUAAGAGCUGGAUUGGCUGCCUCCAUUGCAGGAAGUUCUAUCAUCAGUAAAAUGCUGCUGGCCAACAUCGAUCUCUUUGGAGCAACGCCAUUCAUUGAUGCAGACCCGGAUUCACUAGAAGGCUACUUAGAGAGAUGCGUCAUGAACAACUAUUUUGGGAUCGGAUUGGAUGCAAAGAUCUCACUGGAGUUUAACAAUAAACGGGAGGAGCACCCAGAAAAAUGCAGGAGCCGCACAAAGAACAUGAUGUGGUAUGGUGUCCUUGGCACUAAAGAGCUACUGCAGAGGACUUACAAGAAUCUGGAGCAAAAAGUCCAAUUGGAGUGUGACGGACAGUACAUACCCCUCCCCAGUCUCCAAGGCAUCGCUGUGUUGAACAUUCCAAGCUAUGCUGGUGGAACCAACUUUUGGGGUGGAACCAAGGAGGAUGAUAUCUUUUGUGCACCAUCGUUCGAUGAUAAGAUCUUGGAGGUUGUUGCCGUGUUUGGGAGCAUGCAGAUGGCAGUUUCACGAGUUAUAAAACUGCAACAUCACAGGAUAGCGCAGUGCCGCUCUGUGAAGAUCACAAUCCUGGGAGAUGAAGGGGUUCCCAUACAAGUAGAUGGAGAGGCCUGGAUUCAGCCCCCCGGGGUCAUCAAAAUUAUUCAUAAAAACAGAGCCCAGAUGCUGACAAGAGACAGGGCUUUCGAGAACACGCUGAAGUCAUGGGAGGACAAGCUGAAGUACGACAAAUCGACGCUGCGGCCCCACCUGUACUCCCAGCAAUCAGUGGACCUGGCCACAGAAGAGGAGGUUGUCCAGAUCCAGAUGUGCUCGAGGGCAGCGGAGGAGCUCAUUACCAGGAUCUGUGAAGCAGCACAAUCCCACAGCCUGCUGGAGCAGGAGUUGGCUCACGCAGUCAACGCAUCCUCACACGCACUCAACAAAACCCACCCCAAGUUCCGAGAGAGCCUAACGAGAAACACAGCCAUUGAAAUUGCAAGCAACGUGAAAGCUCUACACAAUGAAACAGAAUCUUUACUUGUUGGAAGAGUACCACUGCAAUUGGAGCUGCCCCAUGAGGAGCUGCUGUCCAGCGCCCUGCAGAGUGUGGAGAUGGAGCUGAGGAAACUCGCUGAAAUCCCCUGGCUUUAUCACGUCCUGCAACCCAAUGACGAAGAGGAGCACUCAAUGGAGUAUGGUAAAAGGAACAGUAGAAGCACCAUGUUUCGUAUUGUGCCAAAGUUCAAGAAAGAGAAGACCCAAAGGCAUAAGGCAAACCCUCAGUCAGUUCAAAGGUGGGGCACAGACGAAGUGGCUGCUUGGCUGGAUCUGCUCAGCUUGGGAGAGUACAAAGAAAUCUUCAUCCGCCACGACAUCAGAGGCUCUGAGCUGCUGCACCUGGAGAGGCGAGAUCUGAAGGACCUGGGGAUAUCGAAGGUGGGCCAUAUGAAGCGAAUUCUCCAGGGAAUUAAAGAACUCGCCAAGAACACCCUGUCAGACCUGUAAGCUUCCACGGUCUGCCUAAGUGAGGGAGGAUCAUUUCUCAGCCUUCAAGACCCCCAGUGCUUUAAAUAUAAACAAGGAGGAGGGGGGGGGGGCGAGAGCUCUCUCCUGCGUGGAAGGAGAGAGGGGGCUGUUUAUGUUUCGGGGAGAGGAAUGUUGGAUCUGUUAUGAUUUUUAAAAGGUUUGUGCCAAAAGAAAAAAGAUAUAAGAAGUUGUAAAUCUUUUUAAAAGCCAUUUAAUGUUGUGCACACAUGGCACAGCCACAUAUGCACCUGUUGGUUUAUAAAAAUUAAAAAAAAGCAGGAGUGUUUACACAAACCUGCCUUACCACAGAAAUACAGAAGUAGCAAAAUGUAGGACUUCCAAAACGAGCGUGCCAUCGAUCUGAGUGGGGCUUCAAUUAGCAUAUCACUUUAAGACAGACCAUCGGCUUUGGCAAUGUGAGAAAACACUUCAGAAAUGACUAGCAUACUGUAGAACAGAUGGGGGCUGGCCAGUUGUUGCUUUUUUAUUAUUAAACACUGGCCAAGCCCUUGAACAUAUCAAUCAGUGACCAAGUAUGAGAAUGUUUUGAAAGGCUAAGAAACCUGUGUACUGCAGUGACAUUGUAAUGCAUGGUGUGCCUGCCUGGCUUGGAAUUCUCUUCUAUUGCAUGGUAUUGCAUUUAUUGUACUUUUUGUUUUUUACAAGCAAAAAAACACUUGAACAACUUUUAUAUCUAUUUAAUAUCAUGUCAUUUGUUACUACUGAAGUAUCUCCUUGCUCUAAAAUAGCCUUUUUUUCUAUUCUUUGCAUGAAACUAUUGUGACAAGGACUUGUAGGUGUGAACCGUAGCAUCUGUGCCAUAUUGGUUGUGCAUUAUAUGACUAAAAGUUAUUUAUUAUGUAGUGUGAUUUAUCCAUAGUAGAUUACGAUAGGAUUGAGUUUUAAACUAGGAUUUUACUACAAGGCUAUCUCCCAGAAUUAUCCCCAAAGGUUAAAAAACUAAAAAGGAAAUACAAUUUUUUAAAAAAUUUAAACUAAAAAGGAAACCCCACUAUAAUUUUCAAACUAUUGAAUAGCUCUGUGACAACCAGUACCAAAUGAAUGUGUUCAAAUGAAUUUGUAUCGAGCUAUUUCCCUUCAACAUUCAGCUUGGAUGAAAUCAUUUGGAUUUCAACAACGUGAGACACUCAUUCACCAUAACGGUUUUCUGAUACACUGUUGCUGAGGGUGUGUUUUACUCUUUAAAAAGCAUCAGUUGUCGUUUUAAAUAACAACAAAAUCCUGGAUCCAGUGCAUACAAUACAAUACAAUCGGCUUAGUUCUGUGAGGUAGUCUGUUGCUGAAUCUAUUGUGAUACAAUAGCCAAUGCACUACUUUUACCUCAGUGUUUCUAUGAAGUUAUAUAUGGGUUAAAAUCCAGACGAAUGCAGCUGACUUGCAUCACUAUAUUUAAGAUGUUUAAAUUGCUGCUGUGUUGGUGGAGCAUGCAAGUUUAUUGGAUACACUGUACUGAAUAAGACUAGGUCUGAGCAUUGUGGGGUAUAUUGUUUAAGUAACAUGAUAAGGGUCAUAUGCAAAAGAGUAACACAAAGAAAAUGCAUAUCAUUAAUAUCAUUAUUUAUAACCCUUUUAUUACCUGUAGUAAUAUAGACAGAUCAAUCCAUGUAUUGUGUGUAUAUAUUGCACCUGAGCGCUGUGCAUUUAGAAUAGACGUGAUUUAUUCCACACAAGCAAGAUACAUCUUGCAAUAUAUCCUGAUUGUGGCGCAAUAUAUUAUUUAUUUGAUGAUGAUGAUGGUGAUAUUUAAUUUAAUGUUUUACUUCAAAUGUGUUUUUAAUGCUAUCAAAACCUUUGAAUGUCAAUUUAAAAGAUCAUGGGGCCAGUAAAAAAAAAAAAAAAAUGGGCUGACGUACUUAAAAAUGCUUCCAAAAGAUCAGCAAUCAUCAUAUUCAACUAUGCUUCCUAGUGAGAGCAUUUGCCAAAAAGGAAUAGUGACCAUAUUAUUGAUGAACUACCACGUGAAAAUAAUUAUAAACAGUAUGUUUGGUUUAGUCGUAAGCAGUUAUUCCACCGUCAGCUUCUUAGAUGUUUGCAAUCAUGGUACAGACACUGCAAGCACAGGGAACCCCCUUGCACACAAUAGGUAAUCAUAGGGAACCCCUUUGCAUGCAAUACCUAAUCAUAGGAAACCCCCUUGCACACAAUAUGUAAUCCUAGGGAACUCCCUUGCACACAAUACAUAAUUGAUCCAGCAGGGGGCACAGUUAGCACAUAAGACCACCAUUCCAUAAUUGAAGCGUCUUGUUGGGUUAAUGUCUGUAAGAAGCAGAAUGUAGCUCCAUUUACUGACUCGUGUGCUGAAUAAAGUAUCAUUGUCAUUAAAAGUGCACCUGUGCUAAAAGAAUUGUGCUGUCAAACCUGCUUCCAUUGAUCAUUCAAGUGGUCAAUAUUGACAGGUGGUCUUAUUAAAAGGAAUCUCUGAUUACCUCCGAUUUCAUGUAACAUUACACCUACUUAAAAUAGUGGACAGGCAGACUGACACAGAUAACUGAUUUUAUAAUGAGAUAAUCAGGGCUGGACGUGAAAACCAGACAGCACAUGAAACAGAGAUGUAAGGCAGUCUCAGUUUGGAUAACACAGUCUGCACUGUAGCUGUGCCAUGUCUUCCUAACCUUGGAACCCCUGGAAUGGAAGAUGGCUCUCAUUUACCUGUGUACUUUAUUAAAUCAGCAUGAGAUUUUGUACAUAAUCCUUGUGUUUCCGUACAUGAUUGAAUUAUUAUGAAAGAGAGCCUACAUGACAUAGGCAGUCAGAAAAGUUUGAAUUGAAAUAGACAGAGUCAGAAAAGUCAAAUACUGAGCCCUGCGAUUUCCAUUUUUUAUGCAGAAGUGUGUGUACUCUAUUUCACUACUUAAAUCACCCCUUGUAAGAUAUUCAGUCUGUAUUAUUUAAAUUCAAGCCCAGGAAGUUGAGCGUUGAUUUAAAAAAUUGCAGUGGCCAGGUUUGAGAAAAAGCCCAGCUUUGUUUCUCUAUAAACAGAAUUUGGCACAUUUCACAUCUCGAAACUAGUCUUGUGAUGCAGAUGUACUUCAGACUUGCAUGCAGGCAAAGAGCUGUUUUGCUUCUGAUCUUCAAUGACAUUUGGUGCACUAAUAAUGUUUACCACAAUUAUGACUAUUCAUGUCUGUACCUCUUUGAAGUAUUCUCUAAGCUUUGUAUACUUUUAUGUUUUACAGUUCUGAUAACUGGUUAUCAGUCGUCUAGGAUAUUUUAAUAUCUGUGUGGGUGGCUCCAGUGUUGGUAUAUAUUAUAUAUUAGUGAAGUGUGAAGAAUUGUGUAAUUUGAUAUUUUAUACAAGAAUGCAUUUUUAGUUCAUUUUGUACUGCUGUUGCUUAAGUUGAAAUGCUCUGUUAAAAGAUUGCUUAUUUACUUGAUAUUACAACGGUAUUAAUUUCUGCUGUUAACAAACCCAGGCCAAUAACUUUUUCUAUAUGAAAUUAUGUUUAGUUUUUUUGCAAUGCAGAAUCUUCAGUGACCUGUUCAAGCUUUUAAAUCUAGCUUGUAUACAAAACUGUUUUUACCCAUUCUUUUUUUUUUUUUUUAAAUCAAACACUGCCCAAACUUAAGCAACUUACAGUAUUAUUUUCAGUCUGCAGAAUCACAAUGCAGUGGCCAGGGAUUUUGCAGAUUUAGUGGCUGUCUUUUUUAAAUAAUAAACUUGUAAGUCCUGUUUCUGUAGCAGCCAGGGAAGAAAUCGAUUUUCUUGGGCUUGAUUGUUUACUAGACGUCAGCAAGUUUGCUUUUCUGAAGCCUGCUGGCGUGGAAGCACAGCGUAAGAAAGAGUUAUCGUUCACCUGACCCAAGGUAGUGCUUUGACUUCAUGUUGACGUCAUGAAGGUGUGCUCUGGGCUGUCUCAAUGCAACCUGAAGAAAUCCAGCAAAAAUUAGUAUCUCCCUUCGGUAUUGCUGCAGAACUGUAACAUAAAAUAUCAAUCAAAAUCAGCUUUCAUUUUUAUUUUUUAUAACAAGAGGCGACACGGGAGUAACAGGGGAAGGUGUUUUAUAAAAAGAAAGAACAGUAUUGUGUAUGGAUUCAAAUCCCAGAUCAGCACAUAGUGUGGCAUGCCAGUAUACCUCCUUGUGCCUCAGUCCUUCCCCCAGACUGCAAGCCAGGAUUCCAGUGGAAACAAAUACUGCAGCUUAGUUCAUUUCACUGGGGGUAAGAACAUUUGAUUUCAGUAUCAGUUGUUGAGUUCAAUCAGGGAACAAGACAUUUUUUGUCACUUCCCUUUAUGCUGAAUGUUGUAAUAAAUGAAAAUCAACUACUUUUUUUUUUUUAGAUACUUAAUCAUGGCUAAGGAAUUAAUUCCAUACUAAACUAAUUUCAUCAAACUUUGUUGUUGUCCAGAGAGACUGUUAAGUCAUCUUUCACAUUUCUUUUAACUAUUUGGGAAGGUUUGCCCGUUUCUUUCAGCUUUAAUGCUAGACUGAUAACCAAAGAUUAAGGAGUAACGUGGUACCAGUGUUCUAGUAAAAGCUCUAGACAUGUGCAAUAUGCCCACUUAUUGGGAUAUGUAUUUGUUGGGUGUAGGGGUUCCUAAGUGGCACCAGCUGCACAUGAAGUAUGUUCUAAGCACCAACCAGUGGCUAAAUCCAUCUUAUAAAACGGUAUUGUGGUGUCCAGUCUCUAUUUGAAAAAUGAGAUCAGUGGUACAUUGGUGUAUGGCUGCAGUUAUAUGGCUUGAAUAGGAUUUCAGACACCUUGCUCAGUGUUAAUGCAUGACAUACAGGAGCUCCUCUUCCAUUCACCUCCCAGAUUAUUGGAAAGAAUAGCUGAAAUACAGUAACUGAACCCUAAUAAUAAUAAUAAUAAUAAUAAUAAAUAAACAAAAAUGGGUUUGAUGUAGCAUGUUUAAUUUAAAUAACAAUGCUACAAUCUCUUCCUGCUUCUAAUUAUUAUUUAUUUAUUUAUUUAUUUAUUUAUUUAUUUAUUUAGUUAGUUAGUUAGUUAUUAGCUUACCCAGAGCGACUUACAGUUGUAUACAAAAAAAUAAUAUCAAGAAUUACAGUACAAUUAAUAGCAAGAUACGAAAUACAAUGACUUCAGUCCUAAUAAAACCAAAUACAAAACACAGUACGAUUUGAUGUCGGGGCAGUUCAAGAGCAGAUAACAAUGUUGAUAGUUACAUCAGGGUUAGAUACUAGUGCAAGUGAAAUACAAGAUACUACAGAUUGGGUUAAGUGCAGGAUUAAAUACAGUAAAAUAGGGAGCAAAUAAUAAUAAUAAUAAUAAUAAUAAUAAUAAUAAUAAUAAUAAUAAUAAUAAUAAUAAUACAUCUUUAUUACGGACAUUAGUCUUUGCCACAACUUGUUCUGUAACCCUGUUUACCCUAUAUAUCCGUGCUUCUGUAACCCUGUUUACCCUAUAUAUCCGUGCUUCUGUAACCCUGUUUACCCUAUAUAUCCGUGCUUCUGUAACCCUGUUUACCCGAUAUAUAGGUGCUUCUGUAACCCUGUUUACCCUAUAUAUCCGUGCUUCUGUAACCGUGUUUACCCUAUAUAUCCGUGCUUCUGUAACCCUGUUUACCCUAUAUAUCCGUGCUUCUGAAACCCUGUUUACCCUAUAUAUCCGUGCUUCUGUAACCCUGUUUACCCUAUAUAUCCGUGCUUCUGUAACCCUGUUUACCCUAUAUAUCCGUGCUUCUGUAACCCUGUUUACCCUAUAUAUCCGUGCUUCUGUAACCCUGUUUACCAUAUAUAUCCGUGCUUCUGUAACCCUGUUUACCCUAUAUAUCCGUGCUUCUGUAACCCUGUUUACCCUAUAUAUCCGUGCUUCUGUAACCCUGUUUACCCUAUAUAUCCGUGCUUCUGUAACCCUGUUUACCCUAUAUAUCCGUGCUUCUGUAACCCUGUUUACCCUAUAUAUCCGUGCUUCUGUAACCCUGUUUACCCUAUAUAUAUGUGCUUCUGUAACCCUGUUUACCCUAUAUAUCCGUGCUUCUGUAACCCUGUUUACCCUAUAUAUCCGUGCUUCUGUAACCCUGUUUACCCUAUAUAUCCGUGCUUCUGUAACCCUGUUUACCCUAUAUAUCCGUGCUUCUGUAACCCUGUUUACCCUAUAUAUCCGUGCUUCUGUAACCCUGUUUACCCUAUAUAUCCAUGCUUCCUAACAAUGCUCCAGUCGAUUACAUGAUUGUGAAGGAUGUUUUUUUAAGCCUUGUUCCUCCGUUGGAAUACGUGUGGCUAUCAAUUUAAUGAAAAGAUGACUGUAGUUACUGUUACUGUUUACACGUGUCAGUGCUCAAACAUGACAAGGUGGAAGUCUUGUACUUCCUGUAACUGUGGCUGUACCUGCAGCAUUGCGAUCCAAUAGCUAACCAUGGUAUCGCAUUGACACUGGCACUGUAGGAAAGGAGUAAACAUUCGAAAUGACACUCUCCGCACUAUUAAGAAUUGUAUUUUUCCCCCCUCUGAAAGGCUGGCUGUUUGUUUGCUAGAUUCUACGCUGGCUUUGCUUCACACAGUGGCAUCACCAAGUAAACCAGGCUGCUCAAACUCUACACUCCAAAAAUGCAUUUCUGAACUUCAUUUACGAAGCCUUAAGGAAUCGAAAGUCUUUAUAACUUUUUUUUUUGUAUUAUCAUUUCUCAACAUGUGCUGUUUGCCACCUCAAAUAUACUGCAGUGCUCAGGCACAGAGGGGUCUGCUUUAAUGAUCUAAACAGUUUCUCAUAUUUUUACAGAAAUAAAUAAAGAGACUAGCAUGCCCAGCUGGGUGUUUGAUUUUCAAAACAUUUAUCAUUUGGAUCAAUUCAAUGUACCCCACUGCAUCCAAAGUGCUGCCUUUCACCCUGGCUUAUUUUAGUAACAUGGCAUAUAUUUUGCGGUAAGUUUUUCAAAGGGUGUUGAUGUCACUGGAUUUUCCAAAUGCAUUGAUAUGUGAAGCUUUAAACUGCCAGGUUUCACACCAAUUGAUCUGACUGAACUAUUUACAGAGCAGAAUAAUGUAUCGUUGACGUUGUGUUAAUAACGCUAAGGAGAAGUGUUUUAUUUGUUUACAUACUGUUUACAAGGGCACAGUUUUAUUUUUAAUAUUAUAUAUACAAUAUUUGAGUAUUUAUUGCAUACAAUUUAAAAAAAUGUUUAAUGUGUUUUCACCUUUGGAAUAUAAUAUUACAUUUACUUGUAUAGAUAUUUGGGUGACUUUGUUAAUGUAGUAAUUUUUAUGACUACUAAGUGACCGUUUUUCUGUGCCUUUGUAUGGUAGAAUGCAUGAUUAUUUCCUAUUUAUUACUGUAUGGAAUUCACUGAGAUGUGUAUUUUUGUAUUCUGCUGGAAUCAGUGGUUCAAUUUUGUUGUACAUUUUGAGGUGCCUAUAGACAAAAGGCAGCCAGUUUAAAAUCUUCCUACUUAAAUAAAACUGAAUGCAUUCACAGUU